AUGAGUUCAGAUAAGAAGGUUACUGCUUCUGUUAUUACUCAGAGACAAUUAUCUCAUUUGAAUUCACAAAUGGCUCAAUUACAUGCUAAUUUAUCCGAUUUUAAUGAAUUAAUAAAUACUACUGUUCUACAAUAUAACAGAAUUGAAAAUUUAGGUAAGAUACAUGCUUCUAUUUUCAUGGCUUCUCAAAAAGUGUUUGAAGAGGAAAUGUUUAAUGAUGAUGGUAGAUUAGAGAGGAAUAAUUAA